GCAUUUGUAAACCAGAGCCUGAACGUCGAGCUACUAUUGUGUGUGUGUGUGUGUGUGUGUGUGUGUGUGUGUGUGUGUGUGUGUGUGUGUGUGUGUGUGUGUUUAUGAAUGUGUUUGUGAGGACCGGAUCAUCACAGCAAGAUAUUCACAGAAAUCUGAAGAUGAGGUGUGUUCCAGCCUCGCCGUCUGUUCUCGUCCUACUGUGUGCAGGAAGUGUACUUUUCAUCGCAGACGUGACCCUGCCGAUGAAGAUCACCUCCUCCGGGCCUCAAACUUUACAGCUGGCACAAGGAGAGCAGAAAACCCUGGGGUGUACGUACACACCCGGGCCUGAGGAUGUCGGUGAACUGGACAUCGAGUGGACACUGGUCAGUCCAGACACCACGCAGAAGGACAAAGUGCUCCUGUCGUAUUCAGGUGGACAGAAAUAUGUCCAUGGUGACCCAGAGUUAAUGACGGGGGUGGACUUUGCCGUGAGUGACCCCUCUCUGGGCGACGCCUCGCUCUCGAUCGCCGAGCUCACGGCCUCACACACCGGAACGUACCAGUGUAAAGUGAAGAAAGCUCCGGGACUGGACAUGCUCAAGGUCACUCUGCAGAUUCUGGAGCGACCAUCAGUUCCGAAGUGUUGGAUGGAAGGAGACGGGGGCGUGGGGACGUCUCUGAUGCUUCGCUGCAGAUCGGAUGAAGGUUCUACACCCCUCCAGUACCUGUGGAAGAGAGAAACCGGAGGUCCGAUUCCUCCCACCGUUACACAGGAUCCGUUCCUCGGAGAACUUCUUAUCUCUAAUCACUCCACGGACUUGAUGGGAAUCUACGCAUGUGAGGCGUCUAACGCUGUGGGGAAAGAGUUUUGUCGAAUCAACCUGCAGGCCUUCAGUCCUCCUAACAGAGCCGGUGUGAUCGUGGGCAUCGUGUGCGGAUGUCUGUUGCUCAUCAUUAUUAUCAUCAUCAUCCUGUUGCUCCUGUUCUUCCGAUGCAGACAGCAGCGGCGGCGAUACGAGAAAGAGUUCUCCAAUGAGAUCAGGGAGGACGUUCCAGCACCCGAAAGCCGACCUACAAGUCGUGUUUCGAGUCGUCACUCCAGACAGGCGUACAACCAGAUAAACCAAACAGACCACCUCCAUCACACGGAGACAAGCAGCAUGGGAUACGACGGCACGCUGCCCAGAUACGACGACAAAUACGGCUACAUCGUCUGACACCUACGAUAGUUUCAUAUAAAAGUGAAAAUGACUACAAUUUAGUGCUGAAAUACAAAACACUCCCUUUGUAUACCGUGUGUUAUUUAUAGUGUGCAUUUAUAUGGUGAUGCGAUGAUUUUUGUAUACAUGUGUUUCUUUUUUUCUCUCUGUGUGCAAAGGUAUCAUUUAAAUUGUGUUACAAUGUUGUAAAGAAGAUUGAGGGCAUUAUGGUGAAUGGAUGUUGGACUUUAAUGACCUUAUUAUUAUUAUUACUAUUAUUCAGAAUCUAACUGCUAAUCAUUUAUUUUGUCUUUUGUAUCUGCAGAUACAAGCAGAUAAUUUAAACAUCACCCCCACACCUGUGUGCUCUGAAUCUGUAAAUAAAACACCAACUUUUUAUUAAAUACACAUUCAAGAGUUUUAUUUGUAGCAGAACGCACACCUGCUGUCAAACCCUCACAAGUCAUUCCUUAUUUUGCUGUUUUUAUGAUGAGGAAAACGAUCAUUUUUUGGACAUACCAAGAAAAUAAACAUACAAUGACAAAAUUCUGAAUAGAAUCGUAAAACAAGUCAAUUUACUGUAUAAUUAUAAUAAGUGUAUAAUUUUCCCAAAAUGUCUGAAUGAUGAAGUCAUUUUAUUCAACGGUUUGGAAAGAUUAAAUAUGAUGAGUGAAAGUUAACAUAAACAUAAAUAUAACAAAUAUAUAAAUAAUCAAAAGUGUGACACAUAAUUAGGACAUUAUUUUAAAAUAUAUAUAUCAUAAUUUUUCUACAAAUGGUAAAGGAUAUGCCUGUGGAUGUGGGAUUCAUUUGGGUUUGUGAAAAAUUAAGUCUAAAAACAGACAAUUUUACUAUAUAAGAAUCAUAUUAAGAAUCAGUAAAUCACUUUUCUAAGUGCAGUAUUUUAAGAAUUAAAAGUAUAUGUGUAACAAAAUU